AGCAGCUCCAGAAGGACCUCCGCCGCCUGUCCGCCCUUCCUCCUUCCCUCCCUCGCCCGCAGCACCAUGGCAUCUGGCGUAGCUGUUUCUGAUGGAGUCAUCAAGGUCUUCAAUGACAUGAAGGUGCGUAAGGCUUCCACCCCAGAAGAGGUCAAAAAGCGCAAGAAGGCGGUGCUCUUCUGCCUGAGUGAAGACAUGAAGACCAUCAUCCUGGAAGAGGGAAAGGAGAUUCUGGUGGGGGAUGUCGGGGACACCAUUGACGACCCGUACCUGCACUUUGUCAAGAUGCUGCCUGAACGUGACUGUCGCUAUGCCCUCUAUGAUGCCACCUAUGAGACCAAGGAGAGCAAAAAGGAAGACCUCGUCUUCAUCUUCUGGGCGCCUGAGUGUGCCCCCCUCAAGAGCAAGAUGAUUUAUGCCAGUUCUAAGGACGGCAUGAAGAAGAAACUUACAGGGAUCAAGCACGAGGUGCAAGCAAACAGCUACGAAGAAGUGAAGGACCGCUGCACCCUGGCGGAGAAAUUGGGCGGCAGUGCCGUCAUCAGCUUGGAGGGCAAGCCCUUGUGAGCCCCCUCCCCCCCAUUGUGCCAGUGUCUCCGGAGCUUCCAUGUUAACGGCCCUGUGCUACCUUUUUUGGGGUUGGUGGGCGGGAUGUGGGGUGGGCUCCUCCUCUUUAGUUAUGUUCCAGUUCUCUUGCCUUUUCAUCUUCACCCGUCUGGUGCUCCCCUCCUGUAAAAGCAGCUGCCCCCCAACCUUGCAGCUGCUGUUGAAACUUGCCAAACCAUCUACGACUCUUCUCUCACUCCUCCUCCACUCCCUUCUGGGCCCAGUCUUGAAGGCGACAUUCCUCUGGGCCCCAGUCCUUGGCUGUGCCUCCUUUGCCCCCCCUGUGGGACCACCUGCUUUCUCCAUUCCAGCCAUGGGACCACUCCAAGCAGGACUCUGCUCCUGGCCAAGGCUUCAAGGGGGCAGAGGGCAUCUGAAGGCCAGGGGGUCUGCGGGCCCCUCCUCAUUCCAAAAACCAGUCCAUCUUGCCUGGUGUGUAAAUUUUUUUUUAUUGGUUUCUCUGUAUGUUUGGAAAAUCAUGUGAGAUGGCAGCUGCGUUCCUUCCCUCCCCCCCUCGACCAACACCCCCCCCCUUAUCUGCCAUAGUGGCUUUGUGCUUGUCUGUAGUACUGUGUAUAAAUGAGAUAUUGUGAAGGAAAUUUGCACCCAUCUCAAUGUUGGAGGUGGAAUUGCCCCACCCGGUGGAACUUAACAAAAUAUGGAAGCAGCACCAACAAAUGAUCUUCAAUAAAAAAAUUAAUGCUA